AAUCCUGUGGAAAUUGAAUCUGGCAUAAAUGAAUUCAUUGCUUCAAAAUGGGAUGACAUUGAAAAGCUAAGAAUGGAAUUGAGAUUCCUAAGAACAUUUGUCCUGUUUAGGAAUUUGAAUUUGGAUUACUUUUAUGAGAGGAUGUCCAUGAAUAUAGAUAAGUUCAAUGAUCUAACAGAUUCAAUUUUCAAUGAAGAUGAAUUUAUCCUAGCCAAAUACAACAUGGACAGUCUUGCGCCUUACCUGCUGAAAGAAAUCAAAAGUUAUUUGAGAUUGGAGAAUGUAGCCAUCAUGACUGAGGAGCAUAUGUUUGAAUAUAGGGACAGCCUCCUCAAGCACCUCCAUGAUCUACCAAAGUAUUGUUCUGAUUUGCUUCUACCCCUCAUGAGUGAAUACAAGAUUCUUCGGCAAGUAUGCAGACAUCUCAGACAUUUCUAUGAGUUGGAAUGCAACAAAAUUACAACAACAGAAUUUCUCUAUGCUCGGUACCAAAUGACAGUUGAUAGAGUAACACAAUUCUGUUUUGAUCUUUGGACUGGAAAGUAUAAAAACUAUACUUUCUUUGAUAUGUAUGCCAUCUAUCGAUGCUCUUCCGAGAUCACUUUUCUACUCAUCGACAUAAUCCCUCUCGAGCUAGAGGUUCUAUACAUUUGUACUUCUAAGCUCAUCAAAGAAUCAAGGUCAAAAGAACUAGAAAGAUGUGUUAAGCAAAUCUUAAAAGCAUCUCCAAGGAUUCUUCAAAACUAUCUGAUUCUUCUCCAACAAGGCAUGGCAGGUGCACUAGCUGUCAAUUAUGCACCAACUCAAACAAUUAAUGUCAUGAUGGAGUUCCUAUUGAUCUUUCUCACUGAUAUACCAAAGCGAUUUAUCCAUCAUGAAAAAUUGAACGAUAUGUUGGCACAUGUUGGAGUGCUUACAAGGAAAAUAACUAUUUUGGUGACCAAGAUGUUGGAGGAGAGCUCUGAGAAUAAUAUCAAUGAAGCGGACUUUUCAGCUUCAGACGUUUUGCAAGAAAUUGAACAAAUGAAGGGAGAUAUCAGACAGAUUUUUUUAAAAUCCCCAGAGUCAUCUCAACUUUGUUUUCCUAUGAAUGAUGGUUUCCUCUACAUGAAUCUUCUACUCAGACAUUUAAAUGAUUUGCUCAUUUCCAAUGCUUAUUCAGUUUCUCUCAUAAAAAAAGAAAUUGGGAUGGUGAAACAAAGCCUUGAAUUCCUAAGAUCAUCUUUUGGGAAAGUCAGAAAAACUAGUGGAGUAGUCAAAGAUUGUUGGUUGCAUGCUUUAGAUGUGGCAUAUGAGGCAGAACAUGUCAUUAAUUCCAUUCUUGUCAGAGAUAAAGCUCUCUCGCAUCUCAUCUUCUCACUUCCGAAUGUCAUUGAUAAGAUCAAUCUUAUUGUGGCACAAGUCACCAGUUUACAGCUGGAGGAUAACAAUGGGGAUCACCUCCUUGAUGCAAAGUCUUCCGAAGAGACAAUUGAGUCAACCUCAUCAUCUUUUGUUGAGGUAACAGUAGGUCAUGAGGAAGAAGAAGCCCGGAUCAUCUGCCAGCUCCUUGAUGAACACGAAUCCGAGCUUGAUGUCAUUUUGAUUGUCGGAAUGCCAGGACUCGGUAAAACUACUCUGGCCAACAAAGUGUAUAAAAAUACAUUAGUUGCUACUCAUUUCAAUGUCCGUGCUUGGUGCACUGUUUCACAAAAGUAUAACAAGUCAAAGGUGUUGCGGGAGAUUCUUCAGCAAGUAACUGUCUCGGAAAAAAAAGAAAGUGAGGAUGACCUUGCUGAAAAUCUACGAAGAGCACUACUCGAUAAAAGGUACCUUAUCGUCUUGGAUGAUGUGUGGGAUAUUGAAACAGGGGAGAUGUUAAUAGCAUGUUUUCCAAAGGUUAAGAGAGGAAAUAGAAUUAUCUUAACUAGCCGAAGUAGUAAGGUAGGUUUGCAAGUCAAAUGCCAUAGUGAUCCUCUCCACCUUCAACUUUUAACACCUGAAAAAAGUUGGGAUUUAUUCGUAAAAAAGGUAUUUGGAGAUGAAGGAAGCUGCCCUGCUGAACUGUCAGAAGUUGGACACCAAAUAGUUGAGAAAUGUAAAGGACUUCCCUUGGCUAUUGUUUUGAUUGCUGGAGUAAUUGUUAGAGGAAAGAAGAAGGAAAAGGAUUUGUGGCUUCAGAUUGAACAUAAUCUGGAUUCCUUUAUUUCUUCAAACAACAAUUUGCAGAUGAUGAAGGUUAUGCAAUUAAGUUAUGACCAUUUACCAUACCACCUGAAGCCGUUGUUGCUUUACUUUGCAAGAUCUCAAAAGAACAAACGAACUCCAGUCUCUACAUUGAUGCAGUUGUGGAUGGCCGAAGGGUUGGUGGAUCAUGAUAGUUCAGAGGAAGUAACUCAAAGUUACUUGGAUGCUUUAAUCUCCAGUAGCCUGAUAAUGGUUGAUCAUAUCCCCUCCGAGAGUGUUUUGAUAAUGUCUGCAAUGAUCAAGGUUUGCUAUAUGCAUGAUGUUGUGCACGAUUUUUGUUCAGUUAAAGCGAAAAAGGAAAAGUUUUUCAAGUUAAUCAAUUCAGGUGAUCCAUUUCAUGCUUCGGAUUUCCUACACCGUCGUCUAACCAUUCAUACUGAUGACAGCCCAAUCCACAAAAGAUGUGUUUUGUUCAAUUAUUAUUAU